GGCCAAUGGCGCCACCCGAGUCAACCCCCUCUCGCGGCACAAACCCACCCACCCCGCAAUCGCAAUGCCAUCGCGUCACGCCGCCUGCCGCUCCCGCCUCCCCCAUGAGAUGACCCCUCCCCCGCCGCCGUCCCAUGUGCUCGCCACCGUCGAUGCGGCGGCAUCCGCUGCUCCCUCUCCUCGCCGCCGUCCUUGUCGGCGCCGCCGUCCGCGCCGGGAAGAUCGCCACGGAGGUGGUCGUGCCGGACUUCGUGGCGUCGUACCUGCUGUUCAUUGACACCUACGGCGUGUUCCUCCAGUCCGGCGGCGGCGGCGCGUUCCAGGCCGUCGUGUACAACCCGGCGGGGCAGCAGGACCGGUACUACCUCGCCGUGGUGCACGCGCCGUCCAAGACCUGCGUCUGGGUCGCCAACCGCGACGCGCCCAUCACCGACCGCGCCGCGCCGCUGCGGCUCACGGCGAGGGGGAUCUCCGCCGAGGAUCCCAACGGGACCGUCGUGUGGUCGACGCCGGCGUUCGCGUCCCCCGUGGCGGCGCUCCGGCUCGACGAAUCCGGCAACCUCGCGCUGCUCGAUGGGAGGAACCGCACGCUCUGGCAGUCGUUCGACCGGCCCACCGACGUGCUCGUGUCGCCGCAGCGGCUCCCCGUCGGGGGCUUCUUGGCGUCGGCCGUGUCGGACUCGGACUACACGGUGGGCGGCUACCGGCUCGACGUGACGGCGGCCGAUGCGGCGCUGACAUGGAACGGGUCACUGUACUGGCUCCUGUCCAUCGACGUCAAAUCCACCAGAGAUCGCGACGGCGCCGUGGCGUCUAUGGCGGUGAACGGCACCGGCCUGUACCUUCUCGCCGCGGACGACACCGUCCUCAUCCAGCUCCCCUUGCCGGACGCCAAGCUGCGUAUCGUCAAGCUGGGCGUGGAAGGGAAGCUGGUCAUCACAAGCUACGCUUCGGCGAACGCCACGUCGCCGUCGCCGACGGACGCUGGGUUCGUCGCGCCGAACAGCGGGUGCGACCUGCCGCUCUCCUGCGGCGCGCUCGGGUUCUGCGCGCCCAACGGGAACGCCUCCAGCUGCACGUGCCCGCCGCUGUUCGCGUCGUCGCAUGACGGUGGCUGCACACCGGCCGACGGCUCCAAGGCGAUGACCGUCGCCUCCUGCGGCGGCGCCGGUGGUGAUGCCGCCCCGACCUCGUACAUCAGUCUCGGCAAUGGUGUCGCGUACUACGCCAAUAGGUUCUCACGGCCAGACAUGGUCGGCUCCAACGGGUCGUCGUGCCAAGCACUCUGCUCCGGCAACUGCUCCUGCCUCGGUUACUUCUACGACGAGUCGUCCUUGUCUUGCUUCUUGGUGCAGCACCAGAUCGGCUCCCUGGUUAACGCCAACUCGAGGCGAGGCGACAUGGUCGGUUUCAUCAAGGUCCAGAGCUCGCAGUCACCGGGGUCGCCGAGCGGUUCAUCUUCCAACAACAGCACGCUCAUCGCCAUCCUCCUGCCGACGAUCGUCGCGUUCGUGCUCGUCGUCGUCGUCGGCGCCGUCAUCGUCGUGUCGUGGCGCAAGCAAGAGCGGCGCGCGGGGAGGCGGGCCUCGCGAUCCAGGGACGUGCAGCUCCGGCGCCACCGCUCGCCGGCGUCCGACUCGGCGCACCUUGUCUACGGCAACGACGACGACGGCAACGACAUUGUGAUCCCUGGACUCCCGACCCGGUUCACGCACGAGGAGAUCGAGGACAUGACCAACAGCUUCCGCAUCAAGAUCGGCGCCGGCGGGUUCGGCGCCGUGUACAAAGGCGAGCUCCCCGACAGCUCCGCCGUGGCCGUGAAGAAGAUCGAAGGCGUCGGGAUGCAGGGCAAGCGCGAGUUCUGCACGGAGAUCGCCGUCAUCGGCAACAUCCGCCACGUCAACCUCGUCCGCCUCCGCGGCUUCUGCGUCGAGGGCCAGCGCCGCCUGCUCGUGUACGAGUACAUGAACCGCGGCUCGCUCGACCGGACGCUGUUCCGGCCGGCCGCCGGCCAGCCGCUCGAGUGGAAGGAGAGGAUGGAGGUGGCGAUCGGCGCGGCGAGGGGGCUCGCGUACCUCCACUUCGGCUGCGACCAGAGGAUCAUCCACUGCGACGUCAAGCCGGAGAACAUCCUCCUCGCCGACGGCGGCCAGGUGAAGAUUGCCGACUUCGGGCUCGCGAAGCUCCUCACGCCGGAGCAGUCGGGGCUCUUCACGACGAUGCGCGGCACCCGCGGGUACCUCGCGCCGGAGUGGCUCACCAACACGGCGAUCACCGACCGCACCGACGUGUACAGCUUCGGGAUGGUGCUCCUCGAGCUCGUGCGCGGCCGCAAGAACCGCAGCGAGCACGUGAGCGACGGCGCCGGCGCCGCCACCGGAGACGACUCCAACUCCUCGAACGGGACGACGGGCAGCUCGUCGCGCGGCGCCCGGAGCGAUUACUUCCCGCUCAUGGCGCUGGAGGGGCACGAGGCGGGGCAGUACGCCGCGCUGGCCGACCCGCGGCUGGAGGGGAAGGUGGUCGCCGGCGAGGUGGAGAGGGUGGUAAAGGUGGGGCUCUGCUGCCUCCACGAGGACCCGCAGCUGCGGCCGAGCAUGGCGAUGGUGGCCGGCAUGCUCGAGGGCACCAUGGAACUGUGGGAGCCACGCGUGCAGUCGCUCGGGUUCCUCCGGCUCUACGGCCGGGGGUUCGCCGGACCGGCCGACGGCUCGGGCGGCAGCGGCGGCGGCAUCAAGCAAGCCAUGGCGGGUUCCAAUGGGGACCACACAAGGUCGGGGACGACGACGGUGACGACGAUGAGCGGGUGGCCGUCGUACAUGUCGUCGUCGCAGCUCUCCGGUCCAAGAUAGGGCGGCGCACACCGGCGAGAAGAUUGUGUUGUUAGAGAUAGAUUAUACGGUUGCAUUGAUCAUUUUGGUUGAUUUGUAAACAGAGGGAUUAAUUUGUGCAUUCGUGAGGUCUAUACAAAUUUUGUCCUGUUUUCCCAUCUGCUUUUCUCAAGAAAAAUGGAAGGAUAAGUGAGUUUUUUUUUCUUUUUGGGUUGAAGCCGAUGAAAUCGAACUGCCUGGUUGGUGGAAAUGGUUGACCAAGUGAAUCAGUGAUCAAAAAAUUCUAAA